AUGGGGGAGAAGAGAGCUCUAGAAGGAACACGCGUCCAUAGCGCCAACCCGCGGGCUCCUGGACGGCCAACUCAGACACUCGGAGCGCCCCUCCUCCCGGCGGGACGCCUGGCUCUCCCUGGCAUCGCCAGAGUUCUCGGUUCGCAGGACUGUGUGCGGCUGGGCCCGGCACAGGUUGGUGCAGCCGGGGCGGGCCCGCCGGGCGGAUCUGCGCUGCGCGCCGGCGCCGGCCCGGGAGCCGGAUUUGGAGCGCUCGGCGCCGGCGGGGCCGCAGGGGGCGGCGCGGCGGAGCCUCCAGUGGCCUCGGACGCUCCUCCUAGCCCGCGGCCGCCGCCCGUCUCCGCCUGUGCCUCCAGCUCCUUCGCCCCGGCCCGGCCGGCCGCCACUUCCGGCCGCUCACCUGGGACGCGCUCACCUGCCUCCGGGCGCCUGGGCACCGGGAUGAAGGACCGGCUGGAGCAGCUGAAGGCCAAGCGGCUGACACAGGAUGAUGAUGCCGAUGAGGUGGAGAUUGCUGUUGACAACACAGCCUUCAUGGAUGAGUUCUUUGCUGAGUCUCUGUGAGCUUGUCUGUGAAGUAGGGAGCAACAUUAGUCACCUCGCAGAUUUGUUGGGGAGUAAAGGAGCUGACACUCAAAAAGUGCUUUGUGUGGGCUUAGGUAAAUGUCACUCCCCUGCUUUCCAUCUGAUGGGGCCCCGGGAGGGUAAUGCUGCAGUGGGGCAGAGGUGGGGGAGGGGGUGAGGGUGGCCACGGACGGUGGAAAGAGGCCACGCGGGCUCUGGCUCCCAUGGGUCCUGGUCCGGAUCUCAGCACUGCCCUGACCAGCGGUAUAACUUUGGAAAAGUUGUUUCACUACCCUAAACUCCAGCUUCCUCUAAAGCAGGAAUAGUGGUGUUACCUUCUGGAUUUUGUAAAUAUAAACCGAGAAGGUAUGUGGAUGUACGUAGCAUAGCACCUGACGUACAGUAAGUAUGUCUUCAGUCUGUUUGAACUGUCCUCACUGUUCCAUUCCUGAUGUGUUUGGGAAUGUGGUCUGGAAAUAGCCUUGAAAGUGGGAUAAAGCAAUUGCCAGGUAAUGGGGUUUGGGGAAACGAGGGGGGGCCCCCAUAUGUGGCUGGGGAACAUAACGAGUGCAUCCUGCAGGAAUAUAGCUAAACAGAUUGCUUGGGAAGGCACUCUUGUGACACACCUUGUGUUUGGACUUGUUCCAACAAGCAGGUCACCCACGGCUGUUUGUCGAGGACCGAGUGUGUGAAUCACAACCCCGUCAGAGAGGCAUGUGCAAGGUGCAGGUGGAGUCACGGGACCAGGACGCUUUCCAAAAUGUGCACUGCACUGUAAAACUCAAAUGGUUUCUACAUCUUCUCAGCUGUUACAGAAAGAAAUUGGCCCUUGGGUCUCCGGGCCUUGGAUGAUUAAGCCAGGGGCUGGUAAAUGAUAAACCUCGGAUUAUUGUCUAA